GCCAAUUGCCAAGGCAGAAGUCCAAUCGAUCUUUCAGUUCAUUUUAUUCGUUAACGAAGAAAACAACUGAUUCGUUCUGAAACUUUUGUUCGAAAUUUUCUCCUUCAGAAUAUGUGUUAAAAUUUUAACCAGAUUGGAAGUGGCCCAAAAUCGUUAGUAAUCCUAACUGGAUAAAAAACGAAAAAAAAAGAAACUUCAGAUAGAUAGAUAGGUAGACUUACUUCUUGGUUAAAUUUUGGUAUAAAGUUAAAGUGAAUAUUGAGAAGCUGAGAUGGCGGAGAACACGGAGUACACGGACGAGGGUGGUGAGUACGAGGACGAUGAGAAUCAGUACCUGGGCGAGCAGCACAUGAUGGAGGAGGGUCCCGACGAGGAUCUCUUCUCCAAGCUGGGCGAAUCCUCGGACGAUCCGGAGCAGACGCGCAUGUAUAUGGAGUACUUGGCGCUGAUCAAGGAGAUCGAUUGCCAGAACAAGAUAAUACAGGACAUCAAGAGCAACAUAAUGGAUAUGUGUGCCAAGCCGUGUAAGACGCGUAAUGAGUUGAGGGAGAUCAAGAGGCUGAGGAUCUGCAUGGAGCAGGAGAACAUCAAGCUGCACACCAUGAUGAACAGGGCCGUGCAGCUGCAGAACUUUGGCUCGCACCGGCACUACAAGGAGCUGCCCAUGACCACCACUGUGGAUGAGGACAACCUGUCGCCCUAUAUGUGUGGCAUUGGUCCUUGUGCCCCGGCUGGCAGUGGCACAGAUCCCUGUGCGGAUGAAGCCAGCUCCUGUGCCAGUGUUUGUGGUGGAGGAGCUGGUGGCGGUCAGCGGGAUAUGGCUGGCCAGGAUGACAAGCUGAUCUGCGCCCUGCAAAAGGCCAUGCAGAAGAUGAAGGGCGCCUGUCCGGAGGACAAGAAAAUGAUCGAGGAGAUAGCCUGUGCCAUAAUGAGCUGCAAAAAGCAGCCAGUCUGCAGUCCAGGACCCUGUCCCAAGCCCCCAUGUCCACCGGAGGAGAGCAGCAGCAGCAGCAUGGGUCCGCCAUGUGCACCUCCACCGAAAAAGAAACCCUGUCCCAUGCCGCCUGCUGCACCAUCGCCUGGCAAGUGCGAGUCCAUGGAGAAGCUGAAGCGACGCAUCCAGAGCAUGCAGGCUUCGGUGAAGAAGCUGCUCCAGGAGGUGAGCAAUCGGGAUGGCCCAGAGCCCUGCCCGGACUACCAGGACGACGACGAUGGGGAGGCGGAGGCGGAGGAGGCUGCCAGUCCCUGCUCCAGGCCAUGCCCACCGCGGCCUCCCUGUCCCGAGGAUCCCGAUCCGCUGGUCAUCUGCGGCGGCAAGCGGAACACCAAGGCCGACAAGUACGAGAAGAUGAAGGAGAACUACACCCGCCUGCUGACCGAGUUCCAGCGCAAGGACUGCCAGAUGAAGGAGCUGCAGAAAAGAAUGAAGGGCAUCUGCGGUCCCUGUCCAUCGAAAGGAGGCGAUGGGGAUGCCGAUGCUGCCGAGUUGAAUCUACUUCGCGCCCGGGUCAACGAACUGAAGGAGGAGCAGCUGGAGUUCAAGUGCAUCAUGAAGGAGCAGUCGCAGCAGUUGGAGGAUUACCGCAACAAGUACCUGCUGGCGCAGCAAAAAGUGGAGGAGCAGUGCGUCUCGCUGGAGAAGCUGAAUAUGAACAACAAGCGCAUCGAGCAGCAGAUCAACACGGAGGUCAAGGAGAUCCGAGCCAAGUUCCAGGAGAAGCUCAACGAGCUGCUCCACUUCCCCAAGCUGCUGGAGAACGAGCAGUUGAAGUUGGCGCAGGUUUGCAAGGAAAAGGAUGAGAUGCAGACCAAACUGGUGGUGGUUUGCAAGGAACUGAAGGCCUGCAAGGCCCAACUGGAGCAGCCCAGCAUCGAUGUGCGUCCGCAGUUGGCCCAGUGCCAAAUGGAGUUGACCCAGGCCCGUAACGAACUGGAGGAGCUGCUCCGCCAGCGGGAUCUCUUCUGCGAGCAGCUCAAGUCCACCCAAGAUGAUCUCGACACGCUGCGCACCGAAUCGGCCAAGAUCAUAGCCGGCACCAAGGAGCGAGCCGAGCUGAUCAAGUCGCAGCAGCAGGAGCAAAUCAAUCGGCUGGAGAAGGAGUUGGCCCAGUGCCGAGCAACUGCCUCGCUUUCGGUCAACGACCGCGAGGCCGUCAUCCGCGAGAUGCAGGGCCAACUGAACACCCUGUCCUACAGCUUCGAUGCCGCCCAGAAACAGAUCAAAACGCUGCGCAAUCACAUAGCGUAUGUGUCCAACGAGAACUGUUUCCCCGUCAAGUGUUGAAUUGGCUGGGUAUCGAUCACUCGAAGCUCAUCAAACGUACCGUGCCUGUGAAAAAAUUGUUCGAUUCGCAAACUGCUCAUUCCAAUUUGUUUGUAAUCCAAAUCUCUGUUAAGCUAAUAAAUAUUAGUAUUCUUUCGGCCAACUAAA